AUGUGGAAGCUCAAGAACUCCGAGGGGGGCGGCCCAUGGCUAAGCUCCAGGAAUAACUUCCUCGGCAGGGCUGUCUGGGAGUUUGAUGCUCAGCUCGGUACGGCGGCGGAGCGCGCUGAGGUCGAGAGGGUGCGCCGGGAGUUCACUGAGCACCGCUUCGAGAGGAGGGAAUCUCAAGACCUCCUCAUGCAGAUGCAGUAUGCAAAACAACAUCGGCUUCAAGUGCAGCUUCCAGUCCCCAAGCUUGAUGAGGGUGAUGAGGUCACAGAAGAGAUUUUGUUGACUUCUUUGAAGCAUGUUGUUAGCCAGCAUUCUGCACUGCAGGCACAAAAUGGCCACUGGCCUGGUGAUUUCAGUGGGCUUAUGUUCAUCAUGCCUAUCUUGAUAUUCGCUUUAUAUGUCACCAAGUCACUCAAUGCUGUCCUAUCAUCAGAACAUCGCCGAGAGAUAUGUCGCUAUAUUUACAACCAUCAGAACGAAGAUGGUGGUUGGGGUACACAAGUGUUGGGCCCAAGCACCAUGUUUGGCUCAUGCUUGAAUUAUAUCACCUUAAGGCUUCUUGGUGAGACGGCUGAGCAUGAAGCAGUGGCCAAAGGACGCUCUUGGGUUUUGUUGCAUGGAAGUGCAACUGCAAUGCCACAGUGGGGAAAGAUAUGGAUCUCGGUAAUUGGUUUGUAUGAUUGGUCUGGAAACUAUCCCGUUAUUCCUGAAUUGUGGCUUGUUCCACAUUUUCUACCAUUUCAUCCAGGGCGAUUUUGGUGCUUCUGUCGGUUGGUUUAUAUGCCAAUGGCUUAUCUUUAUGGACAGAAAUUUGUUGGGCCAAUUACGCAUACAAUAUUAUCAAUAAGAGAGGAGAUAUAUUCUGUACCAUACAAUAAAGUUGAUUGGAGUAAGGCUCGCACUUCUUGUGCAAAGGAAGAUCUUCACUAUCCACGGUCAAAGCUGCAGAAUGCUAUUUGGGCUAGUGUCAACAUGUUUGUGGAGCCAAUUUUAAAUUGUUGGCCACUUAAUAUGUUAAGAGAGAGAGCUUUGAAAAACUUAAUGGAUCAUAUACAUUAUGAAGAUGAAAGUACUAAAUAUAUUGGCAUUUGCCCAAUCAACAAGGCACUAGAUAUGAUUUGUUGUUGGAUAGAUAACCCAAACUCAAAAGCAUUUCAGCAACACCUUCCAAGAAUCUAUGAUUAUUUAUGGGUUGCAGAAGAUGGCAUGAAGGCACAGGUGUAUGAUGGUUGCCAAAGCUGGGAAACUGCAUUUAUAAUUCAAGCUUAUUGCGAAACUGGACUUGUUGCAGAGCUUGGUCCAUCCCUUCAUAGAGCCUAUGACUUUAUAAAUAAAUCUCAGAUUCUUGAAAAUCAUCCUAAUAGUGAAAGUUAUUAUCGCCAUAGAUCAAAAGGUUCAUGGACACUGUCGACAGCUGACAAUGGCUGGUCGGUAUCCGAUUGUACUGCCGAAGCACUUCAGGCAUUACUAUGUGUAUCAAAGGCUUCCCCUAAUUUGGUCAGCGAGCAACUGCAAGCUCAGAAUUUGUAUGAUGCGGUUGACUGUCUUCUUUCAUACAUGAACAAAGAUGGCACCUUUUCUACAUAUGAAUGCAAGAGAGCUCCAUUUUGGCUAGAGGUUCUUAAUCCUUCUGAGAGUUUCCGGAACAUAGUUGUUGACUAUCCAUCUGUUGAAUGUACAUCUUCGGUGCUUCAAGCUCUGAUUAUGUUUGGAAGGUUGCAUCAUGGGUACCGCACAAGUGAAAUAGAAUUUUGUAUAAGAAAUGCAGCUAACUUUAUUGAGAGUAAACAAAACAAGGAUGGCUCAUGGUUUGGCACUUGGGGAAUAUGCUUUACUUAUGGGACCUUUUUCGCUGUAAGUGGAUUGGUUGCUGCUGGAAGAACCUAUGAAAAUAGUUCUUCAAUCAAGAAAGCAUGCAAGUUUCUUUUAUCAAAGCAACGUAGUACUGGUGGAUGGUCAGAGAGUUAUCUUGCAUGUGAAACUGAGGUAUAUGUUGAGGGUAAUAGUCCUCAUGUAGUGAACACAUCUUGGGCCAUGCUAGCUUUAAUUUAUGCAGGGCAGGUUGAACGGGAUCCAACACCAUUAUACCGUGCUGCAAAAGAACUGAUUAAUAUGCAAUUGGACACAGGCGAGUUUCCUCAACAAGAACACAUUGGAUGCUCCAACCGCUCCAUAUAUUUCAAUUAUGCAAAUUACCGCUACUUAUUCCCCAUUUGGGCACUUGGUGCAUUGCGCAAUCGACUGGCAAGCAACAACAGUAAUGGAGGCUCAUGA